GUGGGAGAUACCACCAGAAUGAUGAGACUUGUUUGCGAUCUAACACAUCAAUGGGUUUAAACACGAACAAUAAUGUUUAUAUAAAGUCCCAGGCAACAAUUACUCACUAAUCAGUCAACGCUUAAUCGUCGAGCGAACGACAUGUCCAAGUUUGUUGAGUGUAUUUUCUUCGCUUUGAUAGUGAUAGCUGUUGAAGCAAUCCGAAAUAAUGGAGAGUUAGCAGAAAUCAGCGAAUUUCCGUUCCAAGUAUCUCUCAGGAUAAACGGAGGUCACAGCUGCGGGGGUGUGCUAAUCACCCGAAAACAUGUUCUUACUGCUGCACAUUGCGUCAACGAUUACAUUGACCCCGCAGAACAAAAUUUAUGGUCCGCGUCUAUAGAAUUUGGAGCCACCCAUCUCAAUGCUGGUCUAAGAUAUCCCAUUUCAAGGAUAUCCAUUCACAAAGACUUCAAAAAUGAAUACAAACCGAUGUUUUUGCCCAACGACGUCGCUGUCAUUCAUCUACGAAAUUCCGUAAAAUUAUCUCCAACGAUUCAGACGAUCGCGUUGCCCAGAAUGAUGAUCGAAGUACCGAUGAAUACCUCCCUCAUCGUAUCUGGUUAUGGAUUGGUAAACCAUACGGCUUACCUUCCGUGGGACUCGCCAUUAAGAAAAUUCGAGACCAAGGUCGCUGGAUGCGAAGCUAUCAAUACCACCACACUGUGGAAUGUAUUUUGCGAUGAAUUGAGAGUAGGAUAUGCCGCUUGCAAUGGUGACAGCGGUAGUGGCAUAAUCGAUGCAAAUACAAAAACACUGGUAGGAAUCGUUUCUGGUAUCGGUGAUGAAUGUGGAGCUGGAAUAGAGCCGGAUGUAUUUCUCAAAGUUUCUUAUUACAUUCCUUACAUAAAAUCUGAAUUGGCUUAUGAUCCGGAAAAUUCAAAGAUCCAAAGUGAACAUCCUGCGAGAAAUGUGGAGGAAAUAUUUUACAUAAAUGAUUGUUAUAGUCCUGGAUGUGCUUAUAAAAGUAAAGACUAAAGUUACUUAUUACUCUGAAUUAUAUUAUGUUUUAUGCACUUUCGUAACGUUUUAGUUACGGAUUGAGAUUGUCAUUUAUAACUGUACGUAUCAUAUAAAAAAAAUCGUAAUAAAAGGUUACAACAAAUAAAA